AAAAAGUCAAUAACAUCGUAUCUAGCUUGCAAAGUUGUGUGUUAUUUGCUAAAACCAAACUAACUAAAAUACUUAUUUAAUUAAUUAAUUUCUUGUACAUAGAGUCAUGUCGUCGAAGCCCAUCAAUCGCAGACAGAAAUGGAGCCUCGAAAACAUCAAGACCAGACCUCCUGCAGAACCUUUACCUUCCCCACCAGCUUAUUCUUCUGCAGCAAUCAGUGUCAACACAGAAGUUUCCAAAAAAACUGAUGUCUCUCGCCUAAUAACCAAAAAAUCAUGGGACUUGGCUCUUGCUCCGAUCAAGCAAGUUCCAAUGAACCUUUUCAUUUCUUACAUGGCAGGAAACUCGAUUUCAAUAUUCCCCAUCAUGAUGGUCGGCAUGUUACUGAUGAGACCGGUACAAGCAAUAUGGGCCACGAAGAGUACUUUUAAGAUGAUGGAAACCUCGAAUGCUAUUUUGCAAAUGAUUGUUUAUGUGUUUGGAAAUUUGGUUAAUAUGGCUUUGGCACUUUAUAAGUGUCAUAGUAUGGGUUUGUUGCCGACCCAUGCCAGUGAUUGGUUGGCUUUCGUCGAGCCACCUUUGAGGAAUGAGUAUUUGGGCGGAGGAGUUUUGUUGCAUUAAUUUUAAAACAUUGUAAAUACACUUAUAGUUUAUUUAAAUAACUAAACAAUAAAAAUGAAGGUUUAUUAGGA